GUUAUUUUGUUUCUUACAGCAGUAGCAGACGGAUAGCAGACGGAUCAGUCUCUUUGCUGACACAACCCACACCAUGGCUAGAUUCAUUUGUUUAGCUGGGUUUUCUUUGGCACUAUGUCAUUUUGGAUUGGCUUCCCAGCUCAUAUGUUACUUCACAAACUGGUCUCAGUACAGACCUGAUGUUGGCAAGUACCUGCCUUCUAACGUGGAUCCCCAUUUAUGCACCCAUUUAAUUUAUGCGUUUUCCAUUAUUAAUCAGGCAAAUCAACUGAGCACCUAUGAAUGGAAUGAUGAAACUCUCUACAAAUCUUUCAAUGGACUGAAGCAAAUAAACCCCAGUGUGAAAACUCUCUUGGCUGUGGGAGGAUGGAACUUUGGUACAGCUCAGUUUAGUAUCAUGGUGUCCACCCCGGCAAACAGACAGACCUUUAUUCAGUCUUCCAUCAACUUUUUGAGGACUCAUGGCUUUGAUGGUCUUGACCUGGACUGGGAGUUUCCUGGUUCCCGUGGAAGUCCUCCAGAAGACAAGCAAAGAUUCUCACUGCUCUGCAAGGAACUUCUGGAAGCUUAUGAGGCAGAAGGUGACGCCACUGGACGUCCCAGACUCCUGCUCACUGCUGCCGUUUCUGCUGGGAAGAAAAUCAUUGAUGAUGGUUAUGAAAUUGCAGAAAUUUCUAAGUACUUAGACUUCAUCAAUGUCAUGACGUAUGACUUUCAUGGCUCAUGGCAGCGUUUCACUGGACACAACAGUCCUCUGUAUCGUGGGUCUAAAGACACAGAAGACAACAUCUACCUCAAUACUGAUUUCGCCAUGACAUACUGGAGUGAUCAGGGCGCCCCUGUGGAGAAACUAAGGAUGGGAUUUGCAACAUACGGACGGACGUUCAGUCUGACGUCCACGGCCAGUGAUGUUGGAGCUCCAGCUGAUGGUCCUGCUUCAGCGGGAACAUACACCAGAGAGGCUGGAUUCUGGUCCUAUUAUGAGAUCUGCACCUUCCUUAAAGGAGCAACAACACAAUGGAUCGAUGAUCAGAAAGUUCCAUAUGCAACCAAAGGAAAAGAGUGGGUGGGCUUUGACAACAAGAUGAGCUGCGAGACAAAGGUUCAAUACCUAAAGGACAAAAAGUUUGGAGGAGCGUUUGUCUGGGCUCUGGAUCUCGAUGACUUUACGGGACAGUUCUGUGAGCAGGGCAAAAGUCCUCUCAUCAGUCACCUGCAUCAGCUUCUUAACAUCGAAUCACCUCUUGUUACCCCAAAUACAACACAUCAGCCUGUUGCACCUCAUACCAAUGUACCUCAUGUUCUACCAUCAUCUGUCCCUGAAAAUAACUUUUGUGCAGGCAGGCCAGACGGGGUGUACGCAAACCCAGCUGACCACACGUCCUUUAUUCAUUGUGCCCAUGGCAGAACAUUUGUAAAGCCGUGUCCUUCGGGGCUCGUCUUUAAUAUCAACUGCUUGUGCUGUGACUGGCCUAGAAAUGUGAAUGUGCAGUGACUGCCCCAUGUCAUAUGAUGUAGUGUAACGCUCCUGUGGAGGAGAAAUGUGUGAAAUGAUAAGGUUGCGGUGUAGAUCCUUCUGGUGACAAUAGUGGCGUUUUAUCCUAAAAUACUUUCUAUAAUUGGGAAUUAUACUCUGUACCUUUAUUUUCUAAUAUUAAUACUAUGCUACAUUAUGCAAGUCUGUCUAACCUUUCUAAUUAAAAUUAACCUGAUUUAAGA